GCCUCGACAGGAGUCACACACACGGACACUGGCAGCAUCAGCUCCUUUACAACAGGCUGCAGCCCGCUGGGAAGCGAACGGGGGAGAACACCGGUUCUCUGCAGUGUUGAUGGUAACCUCGGACUCAGCAGGGAUUAUCAGCAGCAGGAGAAGCGCUCCCUCUCAGAUCAGAACACCAUGAAGUUGAUGGUUCUCCUCCUCCUCAAGAUGGUGUGUCCGCUGACCCACGCUGCUUUCCUUGGUCCGGAAAAGUUUGUGUCCUUAGCAGAAAUGGAGGAUGCUCUCUUGAAGAACCUUUUCCAGGGCUAUCAGCGCUGGGUCAGACCCAUCCAGCGGGCCAACGACACCGUGAGAGUUCGCUUUGGACUAAAGAUCUCUCAGCUGGUUGAUGUGGAUGAGAAAAACCAGCUGAUGACAACAAAUGUUUGGCUGACUCAGGAGUGGAUUGAUUACAAGCUACGAUGGAAUCCAGAUAAAUAUGGUGGGAUCACCUCCAUCAGAGUUCCUUCAGAGAACAUCUGGCUCCCAGACAUCGUCCUAUAUGAGAAUGCUGAUGGGCGGUUUGAAGGCUCCCUGAUGACUAAAGCCAUUGUGAAGUACAACGGCGCCAUCACCUGGACACCCCCAGCCAGUUACAAAUCUGCCUGCACCAUGGAUGUCACCUUUUUUCCCUUCGACCGCCAGAACUGCUCUAUGAAGUUUGGAUCUUGGACUUAUGAUGGGAACAUGGUGGACCUGGUUCUCAUGGACAACCACGUUGACCGGAAAGACUUCUUCGAUAAUGGGGAGUGGGAGAUACUCAGUGCAACUGGUGUCAAAGGAAACCGGAAGGAUGGCCUGUAUUCCUACCCUUUUAUCACCUACUCCUUCAUCCUGAAGAGAUUGCCAUUGUUCUACACACUCUUCCUCAUCAUCCCCUGUCUGGGUUUGUCGUUCCUGACUGUCCUGGUCUUCUACCUCCCAUCAGAUGAAGGAGAGAAGCUGUCCCUAUCCACGUCUGUCCUGGUGUCUCUAACUGUGUUUCUUUUGGUCAUCGAGGAAAUUAUUCCCUCCUCCUCCAAGGUGAUCCCUCUCAUUGGAGAAUACCUGCUCUUCAUCAUGAUCUUUGUCACCCUCUCCAUCAUCGUCACUGUCUUUGUCAUCAACGUGCACCACAGAUCUUCAGCCACUUACCACCCUAUGUCUCCGUGGGUUCGAAACCUAUUUCUUCAGAAACUUCCCAGAAUGCUUUGCAUGCGUGGACACACCGACCGGUACCACUAUCCAGAGCUAGCUCCAGAAAGUCCUGAGCUGAAGCCUCGUUCUGGAGGUCGAAGGGGGGGCCAGAGGGCAACCAGCUGUGCUUAUGGACAGAUAGCUUCUGAGGGGAAGGAGGAAGAAGCUUGGGCCACCAUGCUGGAGAAAGCCAUCUACUCAGUACGCUACAUCAGCAGACACAUCCGGAAAGAACACUUCAUUCGAGAGGUGGUCCAGGACUGGAAGUUUGUGGCCCAGGUAUUAGACCGGAUCUUCCUGUGGGCUUUUCUUACUGUUUCCAUUCUGGGCACCGUCCUUAUCUUCACUCCAGCCCUGCAGAUGUUCAUGAAAGUCCCUCCUCCAACUCCAACCGAGGAAGCACCUUCACACCAGUUACAAUAACUUAGGUUCUCUUUGUAGGUUAAAGCUUCUUUCCAGAAGAUUUCUCUUAUCCGAUGACACCAUCUAAUGGCUGACAAGCAGUUUGUUUAAGAUGGCGACCACGUUUCUGUUUAUAAAUGUGCUUCUGUAGCCGACAAACUGAGCUAAAACACGUUGUUUUACGAGUAUUAUUCUCAUGUCAUACUGUAUUCUCAUAUAUUUAUAUUUUAGAGACUUACUUGUCUGUGAAAAGUUCAUCAACUCUGCAUCAGCCGAGGUUAUCCUUACAUUUGAAGCAAGGAAGCGGUAGUCUAACGCUAUUGGUUAGUUCUGGUCGACGCUCAGUUUCCUAUUGCACAGAGCUCUGCGGGGCAGAGGGCGUGGUUAGCAAAAAAACAAAAAACAAAGACGUAUUGCUUACAUUUUAUCACAGUACAUGAUGAGACAAUCACUUUUACGGAUUUAAGAAAAAUCCUACAUCAUUUCUGAAAGGGGAAAACUCUGGAAAGAAGCUUUAAUAAAACAGCCACUUCGGUAUCUCAGAUCAGGGCCUAAAGGAAAUAAAGAAAAUGCUACAACUCAGAAAGAAGAAAUCACUAAAAGGUAUUUUUUGUAUUAUGCACUAUGUAACCAGCAUGAGCAAAAACUACAAUUUACAAUGAUUAAAAUAUGCAUAUUUUUGUAGCUAAAUAAGAUUAUAUGAGUUAAGGUCAAUCAGAUUUAAAAUGACAUUCAGGACAGCUCAUCCUUUCCUUUAAAGUUCAUAACAACUCAGUAUAGAUUAUGUAAAAAUAUUAAUACACAAAAAGCAUUUUGAUUAAACAGAUUUAUCAAGUAACUCACUUCCUGAUUGGUAUUUAUCUUGUUUCAUGAACUGGAUUUCCUGUCAGCUGCAGCUUAAUGCUGCUAUGAUAUUCUGACUCUUACAUUUAAUCAAAUAAACACUCACUUUCACCACAAAUGUGUGUGUAAAACACUAGAAGAUGUUAUAUAUUGAAUGAAUGAGGUUUUGUAACCCAUCAGAUCUGACUUAUCUGAUUUUCUUUAUUGUUUUUAUUGUUCAGCACCGUUUUGUUGUGUCACAAUGUCUCUGAGGGCAAAGAUGUUUGAUUAUUUUUUCACUAUGUAUAGAGAAAUUUAUGAAAACUUUAGGACAAAUUGCUCCCAAAGGUGCAGUUUUGAACUGUUUAGUACUUUAUUACAUUAAUAAAGUUGAGUUUAAAGAAUAAAGGUUUAGCUGUUGAUAAUGCCAGUUUUAAAGUCCCUUUGUUUGGUAGUUAUAAAUCGCCUCAAUCAGGCAGACACAUUGCAAUAAAGCAUCUUACAGUUUUUUACUCAUUAAUAAGAAAAUAAAAGUACUAGUGAGGAAAAUUGAAAAGAAUCUGCAUCACAUCACAAUACCCUUUGGUUCAGCUUAAAAGGAUGUUUAAUCCUCCACAAGCAAAUAUUACUGGACCUAGGAAAAUGCACGUAAAAUGUUAAACAAGGUUCUUAAUUAUAACAAGGACCUUCAAGAAUGGUUCCAGAAU